AUGCAAGGCUUUGAUGUCAUCACCAUCAACCGUGAAAGUCGAAGUCUGAUCACAAAAUUGAGCUUUACUUCCAUCGACCACGACACCCUGGUUCCACAUGUGCCUUGGACGAGUACCCAAGAGGUAUCAGGAGUCGCAGAACCGCAUUACCAGCUGGGCGAUGAGUGUGCGCAAAAUGUCCAAGAAAGUGUCGAAGGGGUUUGGUUCGCUCAGGCGCAGCUCAAAUGUCUCCCAGCAGCUUACAUCACAAGUCUUAGACGCGACGCCGACGGCAGAGCUUUUGUGGCUUUGAAGAGGAAUGACAUCGAAAUGAUAAUGAAAUUUGCGAUCGAGGAAUCUACCCGUGAGCGCUUCUUGAUUGCUUCUAACAACAGGUGUCCACAGAACAUUGCCUUAUUCGAAGAACUGGUCAGUUAUCGAGCACAGAUCGCCCAGUUUUUGGGAUACGCAUCAUAUGCUGAAUAUACGAUUCAAGACUGUAUGCUGGACCUUUCAGAAGUGAAAGGUCUUCUAAAUGCUACUAGGAAAGAAAUGGCUGACCGAGCCGCUAUAGCGAGGGCAGAUCUCAUGAAAAUCAAGCAGCAGCAUCUUAUAUCUCAGGGGAAAGCGGAAGAUGAGAUCGAUGCCAGAAUCCAUUUCUGGGACGUAGCAUUCUAUUCCCGACUUGCCAAGACAGAGAAAUAUGACUUUGACGAAAUGAGCAUGGCAGAGUACGUCCCCCUCGACCAUACGCUAGCUGCUGCCCACGGCGCAUGGGUUUGGUAUGACACCGUCACGGUCUUUACUGCCUGGAAUGAGGAGGCACUGGGCGGCGACUUCCUCGGCUAUGUUUAUUUGGACCUUUUCCAUCGACCGGGAAAAUACAACGGUAACUGCAAUAUUACAUACGCGCUGGGCUUCCCGGGAAACAAACCCAGCAUUUCAUCACUAGCUUCUUUCGCUUCUACAGCACCUAGUCUUCUCCGACAUCGACAGCCCACUUCUAGUUUUGGCCAUUUGAAAGCUCAUCCACAUAGAAACAACAAUCCCCCCAAACUUCAUACGUUUGGAAACAGUAACAGAGACGCAUGCCCUAUCAACGAAUGGACCUCGAAAGAGUUCCAUGACAUCUACGGCGACUGCUUCAUCUCGGGAUUCAUUGAGGGCGGCGAGCUGCACGGAGUGGUCUCCGUUCGAGCCCUCAAUCGCGGCGAGUCGGGGUCUAUCGAAGCCGUCCUGAAAAGCGCAUUGAUGAGCACCUCCUCUCCCGAUGAGUUCGCAUACACCCUAGAGAGCGCCAGUGCCCUGGAAAAAGCUCUCGGGAGAUCCGAGACCAUCAUUAAUGUCCACUGGAUGGGCGGCGGGCAGAUUCAAGACGAACAGGACGAGUGGACCCUGAUAUGUGGUAUACUCCUUGAAAGAGGCUUCGGAAGGUAA